AUGCCUCCCUUCUCGGCCAUCAACCUCGAGCCCGAGGAGAACAUCGAGGAGGAAGUCGACACAACCAAGGAGCUUCAGGUCGACGAAGCCCUGAAGCUUUUCCAGAAUGCGCUCAAGCUCCACGCCCAAGGCCCCCAGUUCUUCGACGAAGCCUCCGAGGCCUACGACUCCCUCUUCUUAUCCGACAUAUUCAAGCUGCCCGAGAGUACGACCGAAUAUGAACGCACUGAACGACAGCAGAACCCUUUUGUGCCGCUCGAGUCGACUUUCGGCACAGGUCUCGACGUGACUGGCACAGACCCAGAUGGCAGCGCUGCUAGUCUACCGCAGGCCCUGUUUCUCUCUCACAAAAACCAUGGCCAAUUUCUCUUGGAUAGGAUAAAACACAAGUCGAAGCCGACUGGCUCGUCUUCAGACAGUGUCUUCGAGGAGCCAGAAGUGAUAGCAAACGCUCGGAAAGCACUUGAUGACUUCACUGCUGCUCUGGACAGGGAUCCGUCGGACGCCGAACUCUGGAGAAGGACGGCAAGGACGGCGGCUUUCCUGGACAGUACUCGCAUGAGUCGAUAUUGUCUUGAAGCUGCAAUAGAACUGGACGAUGACCCAGCCCUGGUCGAAGCCGAGCCUCCGUCAUUGGCCGAGGGGUUUGCCGGCGAACAAUUAAAGGAUCACCUCCAAAUUCUCUCUGAUGACACUGCUUUAUCGCAUCCUAUUAUGAAAUCGUUCAUUGAGAAGGAGAUGCCUUCGCUGCUAAAGCCACACUUGGACCCGUUGCCUUUCCUGCCGGACCCGACAAGAGAGCUAGCCGCCCACAAAUUGUUGGCAGCAGAUGUCAAUCUAUCAAGACUGAGUAUCGACAUCCCGACUUUAUCAUGGGCGCAGAUCGGCAUGCGUCUUGUUUUCCUCGUCACCGAAGUUGGUUUCACAGGACGAGCAGUCGUCAUCCACCUUCCGGACGGACCAGACGAAGACGAAGAGGCUCUGCAAAUGGAAGUUGACCAGCAGUCUCCUACCGCAUUAGUUCAGGAGAUGUCCCAAGAUAGUCCUGCGCUUGAGACGCCGACCGAUGGGAAGUCCUCUUCCAAGGAAGGGCAAGCAGAGAACGGGGCAAGUACUGCAAAUCGGCAGCGAAGCGUGUCAUUGCCAUCGAGGAAGCGAUCGAUGUCCGUGGCUGGCCUCCCAGAACCAACUGAGGAAGAGAACGCUGAUUCAAAGCGGCCGAAGAGGGUGCGAAGACGAGAAACUACACUCACUGAGGAAGCCGUCAACGAAACAAAUUUGCGGGCGACACAAUUGCAACCCUUUCAGGGUGCCGACCAGAACCUCUUCCAGUUAACGAAGAAUAUCCUUGAAAAUCUCGGGGUCACUGAUAAAACCACGGUUGACAGGAUUGGAGAAAUUAUCGACUCCAGUGCUAUUGAGGAAAGGACCUCAAAGAUCACACAUGCUGCUAGCAUAGAUCUACGUGACUCCCUAGUCUCGUAUGAUGAAGAGAUUGCACAAGUCUUCCUCACUAAACUGAAGACCCCUACGCUAGGCAUGAAUACCUUCCUCGAACACACCAAACCAGGUGCGCAACGAGUGGUCGAGACGGCUGGCUUUGAUGAGCGCAGCGGUUUGAAAGCUUUCGUAAAGAGGGUCAACUCGGGUUGGAUGACCGCUCAGGACGCCGCAUUUGACUGGAUUUUGUUAAUAUCCAAGAGCUACACAACGAAGAAGUGGUCUGAGCAGCUGAAGACUGCAGUCGUUCAAGUGAUCAGUCAUUUUGAUGAGGCCAUCCACGAUCGAGUUGUUUAUGAAAUUGGCCUGCUUCAAGACCAAGAUCAAGAGAGCAGAGAAUUCGAGCUGGUGGAACUGGACAGCCUUGUUCAGAUGUUAUUUGAGCUGUACCUUGAUGUCUACGAGCGUAUCACGAACCCAAACAGCCGCGUCGACGUUGCCAUCCGAGUUGGUACAAAAGGUCGUCUUGGUCGGUGGUUGGAUCUAGCAUCUGACCUGAGGCGCUCACGACCAGCUGAUACCAGUAUCGACUUGUCUUUACGGUUUCUCUGGGCUUGUAUCUUCUCAACCACCCUAGCUGAAGGUAUUUCGCGGGAUCACGUCCUUGCUUGCUGGCACAGCCUGCGGGACUAUCUGACGACAACUGGCUACGACAGAGUUGACUUGCCGAACAAUGCUAUCAUGCCUGAGAUCUCAGCUGUCGAAGCGGAUCGAGAGAUCAGUAAACUAACCACCAUGGAUUUCUUUCUUGGUCUUUUCCAGGAGGAAAUGGCUGAUCCUGUGGCUGUCAUUGACACGCUCGAGCCAGUUCUCAACCCCGAUGCCGUUUUUGUGACACCGGGCCAAGGCUCUGCCACGAAUGGAGACAAGGCUGGGAGCGAAAAUGUCGCGAAGGUGCCCAUCAAGGAAUGUGCCAGUCAAGGUCUGAAAGACUUGUGGAAAUUCCUUCUGACUAGCAGCACCGAUCUCAGACUUCUCUUGUGGUCUCGCUUGAGUGACGCAUAUGGCACUAUCAAGUACACCACUAAACAAUUCUCUUGCCUUCUAAAGAGUAUUGAGAUGGUCAUCGAGGAUAUAGACAGCGAGACAUACUCGACCGCGGCGCCGGAAUCGCGAAAAAUGGCUCUGCUGAAGCUCUUGAGGUCCAUCCACGAUAUGAUGGUAUCGGCGCUUUCUUUGGCAUUGAACGACAAUACCGCGUUCGACAUUAUCGACGAGGAGCACAUCCGGUCUACAUCAUCAGCCCUCGCGAGGUUGAGCUGUCUUAUCCACGUUGCUGUAAUGCAGGAGGACGAGUUCCCUCUAGGCAUUACCCCAGCACCUUCAAAAUCCGCAAUCUUCAAGGAAUUACUCGAACGCUUGCGGGAUCUGGAGGUGAGAACUUGGACACUGCAAUACUGCUUGAUGAAGGUUGGCAUUCACCAGGAUUCUGGGAUUUUCAAAACGCCAGACAACGAUUUAGCGGACUUUUUGAACGCUGUACACCAAGUUCUGGGGCUGAGAAAAGCCUGCAGUGCGUCAAACAAGAUAUUCCUCAAAAUGAUGCGAAUAGAACUGCUGAAGCAAAAGAAUAUCGAGAACUGGGAGGACUAUCUGGGCCAGGUUCUCUACGAUUUGCAUGGCCUCAGGCUGGGCGUUGGCAUCUGGGAGGUCCACGAUCAUGGGUGCGUGACAGAGAAAUUGGAAAAGCGACAGGCGAUGCAGCUCGUCGAGAAGAUCACGACCCUUGCCAAUCGCAUAUCCAUGAAGGAUUUACUCAAGUCAGAUCUCAAAAACACCAUCGAGCACAUGCAAGGUGCUAUAGGGCAGGCCAGGUCCAGCACACCCAUGAUUCACAACCUUCGCAAUUUCCAAGAAUACCUCAAGAAGCCAAUACAUCCUCUGCGUCUUUAUCAGGCACUCGAUGGCACUGUGCCGCUAGAUGCGACAACUGUCAACACAGCAGAAGCGUCUCUCGCCAGACAUGGCUGGUUCUUCCUCCUUGGCAUGAUAGCCCUCACCAAAUUCAAGGGUGUCGAUCUGAAUCGUCGCCAAACUCCGGGAGCAACAGACGACCUCCGUAUUGGAGCGACAUUCUUACGCCUACAGCUGCAAUUCACGCCUGACAUGUGGGAAGCGUGGUUCCGGCUGGCAGAAUGUUUCGACUAUGAACUGGACGAAGCAGUCUUGUGGUCAGCUGACAAGAUGAAUAAGGAUCGCAGCGAGCUGCUAAAAUUUCAGCGUCACGCAAUUCACUGCUACACACUAGCAUUGUCACACUCCCAUACGUGGACGCCUGAGACCAAAGAUGACGAGGACAAGCUCAGCCAAUUUUACCACAACUUCGCGAUGCGCAUGUAUGCGUCAAGUCGCGAGCCUUUCGCGAUGGAACCUUUUCAGCACAGCGACUAUGCUCGGUUUUACCCCGAAGCAAAUGGGAGUGGCACAUUCAAGCGGCUUCUGCACAGAGAGAUGAGCGAGUACGAGGUGUGGAAAUACGCGGCUACAUUAUUCAGAAAAGCGAUGAAAGGGAAGCCAAACGACUGGAAGAACGCGUAUAUGCUCUCCAAAUGCCUAUGGAAGAUGCAUCAGAAACCAGUGGAUACGCUUGAGCUGAAAGAUCGGAAGACGCUGCCGACGGUGAAGAGACUCGUCGAGGCUCUAGAGAAGACAAUCGAGGUUGUAUCCCUCCUGCCCAAGCCCCGGCAUGGUCAGGAUCCAAUUCUUGAGCCACAUUACAAGAUUGUCUCAAUUUUGUACAAGCUCGUUACGCUAAAAAGCUUGACCGCCCAGGAAGCGUUUGGCAUUCUUCAGCGGCAGCCUUACGCCAUACAGCAUAGCCAGCAAGAAAAUAUCCAGUCGUCUGACGAUUGGAAGGCCUACGUUAUAGAGACUUUGCGCCAUUUCCGUGAUAAGGACAAGUCACACUGGCAGCACCGUAUCAUUAUGCGUCACGCCCGCAUGAUAUACGAUCCACGCGAAGACGAGCCUCCAGACCAACUCGCUGAAGCGCAAGCAGCUUUCGCUGUCUUGCGUGAACACAUGAUCACGAAGACGAUGGCCAUUAACGUAUGGAAGUGCGACGCCGAGCGUGCGGGUCGCCACCAUGUAUACACUGAACAGUAUGUUCGAUACACUGUGAAGCUGUUGACGGUCACGAAGGAUCAUGUGAACAUGGAGCUGCUCUUGCGCAAGAUUCGCAAGAAAGGUGCGGACUUCUAUCACUUCAGCGACCUUUGGGCUUCGUGUGUACAAGCAUACACAAGGUUACUACGCCGUAUCCAUCAAAUCCCAGCCCUAGAAGAGGACACUUUCAAGAACAUGAGUUUCGAAGAGUUCGAUAUACUGGGAGAACGUAUCAACGACUGGGCCGGCGCGAAGGACAGGGUCCAUGCUGCCCUGAGCGCUAUGAAGGAUGCUAUCGAGCUCAAAAAGCUGAACGGUGGCUUGACGAAGGCAGGUAUGAUUGACGAUUUGAUUCAUGACUGCUACUCCGAUCUUUAUCGAAGUAUUGCCAAGGAACUUCCCGGCCCGGAGCCUUCACAAGUCAUCGAAGAACGCAAUCGGCUCAAAGACUCGGAAAUGCAGACAAAUGGCAAUCAUGAAAAAGAGCAGUUCAAUGGCCUGCUACAUCCAAAUGCUGUGGACAGAAAUAAUGAUCCAGGUAUUCCAGCGACGGCUCGUGCAUCUAGUGAGGCGCCAUCGGCCGGUGUCAACGGCGGUGAGAAGAUGGAAAGGUCCACUUCCAAUACCGGAGAUCAGGGAGUUACACGCCGUCGGUUGCUUGGUGUCAGACGGGCCGAUGUGCUCCGCAAGGCCGAACAGGCAGCCUUGCGGGCUACUGAGCAGCCCCCGCCAAAAUCCGCCGUCAGUGAAAGAUCCAACGGUCGGAGGUCACGGCGCGGCAGUCCGGGCAGCGGACAGAAUGGCUUGGAGGGCAAUGAUGGGGAGGAGAGUGAAGGUGAGGAUGGAGAUGGAGAUGUUGAGAUGAAGCAAGAGAAUGAGAACGAGGAUGAGCAGGCUGACGAAAAGCAAGAAGAUGGUAACGAAGCAGGUGAAGAAGAGGCUGCGGCGGAAGGCGAAGAGAGCGAGGCGGCGAGCCCGAGGCCUGAACACGACGACGCAGAUGACGAGAGUGACCUUAGUGAUGUCCCUGAUGACUACGACCAGGAUAUACCGCCGACCUUGAUGUUUCCAAACCUGCGCCGAAGCGCAGAUCUGUCGGUCGUGGCGAGCUCCGGAUCGAGCAGCAGUGCGUCUGAUGACGAAGAUGAGGGCGACGAGGACGAUGAGGAAGGCGAGGACGAGGAAGAAGGCGAAGAAGAAGAAGGUGAAGGUGAUGAUGAAGACCAGGAAGAAGACCAAGACGGCGAGGAGGGGCAGCAAGAUGAAGACGAGGAAAUGGCGGAAGCAGGGGAGGAAGACGAGCUGGAAGUGCCCGAUAGCCAGCCUACCGCUGAUGACGACGGAGAAGAGACUGGCUAG